AAUUAUAUAUCCAAAUAUAAUUUUACAAAAAAAUCACAAACUCAAAUUUUCGUGAGAAGUUGAAAACAAAGAAUUUUUAUUUAAUGAUUAUUUCCUCCCUUGAUUUGGAAGUUAACAAAGUGAAAAAGGUGACUCACACAACUCACAAAUCUCUUCUUGUCUUAAACCCCAAAGUAUCCCAACUAAUCUUCGCAACAAUAUCACCGGUCUGUCUCUUAGGUGUUUUACAAGUCUUCACCAUUUCUUUCUAAGAUCUAGAGAUGGCAGAAGAGAAAGAUCCGACUUCGACAAUACCACUAAGUCAAGCUACUGAAGAUCCUGAAGACCCCAUCAAAUCUCCUCCUGCUGAACCUAAUUCUUCUACCCGCAAGGCUUGCUGUUAUUUUCUUCAAAGCUGGGUAUCCAAGAAGUUUAUGACUGGAUGUGUGGUUCUCUUCCCUGUGGCGGUUACAUUCUUUGUCACAUGGUGGUUUAUUCAGUUUGUUGAUGGUUUCUUCAGUCCACUAUAUGAACAACUUGGUAUUGACAUAUUUGGACUAGGAUUUGUCACAUCUCUUGUUUUCGUAUUCUUAGUUGGAGUUUUUGUUUCAUCUUGGCUGGGUGCUACUGUUUUCUGGAUUGGGGAAUGGAUUAUUAAGCGAAUGCCAUUCGUCAGACACUUAUACUCGGCCUCAAAGCAGAUUAGUUCUGCAGUAUCUCCAGACCAAAACACCACUGCUUUUAAGGAAGUGGCAAUCAUUCGUCAUCCCCGUGUGGGUGAAUACGCCUUUGGUUUUAUAACAUCAUCAGUUACCCUUCAGACAGAUGAAGGGGAUGAAGAAUUGUGUAGUGUUUUUGUCCCUACAAACCAUUUAUACAUUGGUGAUGUACUCCUGGUUAACGCCAAUGAUGUUAUAAGACCAAACAUGUCCAUCCGCGAAGGCAUUGAGAUCAUCGUCUCUGGAGGAAUGACCAUGCCUCAAAGGAUCUCUCAUGUGGCAAGAGUUGCACGACAAAGUGAAAGAAUUCCACUGAACAGAAUUAAGUAACAAUAGUGAUGAACAUGACAAUGUAGGACCGUUUGUAAUUAGUCAAGGAGGAAAAAACAAUCAUACAUACAUUGUUGUAAUUUUUUGUAUCUACUCUGAUGCACCUAAAUAUGUUGUUAUUAUGUGUUUGUUCUUAA